AUGAGAAUUUUCGAAUUUAUUAUUCGCUUUUUUGUUUUUGUUGGGUGAGUUGAGUUGGGUUGUUUUUGAACAUUUCUUUCUAAAAAGUUCACGGUCUUGAAAAAAACAGGAUGUUUUUCUCAACAUAUACAAUUAAAUUCGAAUUCUUGAAAAUUAUUUGCAAUGAUGGAAAAAUUAUUCUCUUCUCUCUUUUUUUCAAUUUAUUUUUCUCAAAUUCACAACAAAAAUACAUUAUUCAUGAAAAAACACAUUCUCGUAUCGAUUUUACAAGUUUUUUUCCGAUCGUCACAUUUUUUGAUGGAAACAAAAAAUUACUGUUCUGAUAAGACAGAUUAUUUUUGUACUCAUAAAGUUUAUUAAAUUUUUCCGAAACAUAUUUUCUUGAAGGUGGUUAUCACAGUGUAUGGAGGCAUCGAAGAAACGAAUUGAUCCGUAUGCUGAAAAUGAGUUGUGGGAUAGUUUGAAAGAAUCGAGAAUUCAGAAUGUGAUCGAGAAAAAUGAGAAUGGGUAAGACACAUUUUUUUAGUUUAAGUUAAACACUGGAAAUGAUUUUUCCAGCGAAAUAAAUACUCCACCAACCGAUGGUCGCCCAUAUUUGAAAGUGGUUUGUAUUUCCGAUACACAUGAACAACUCGACAAAGUUGAGGUAAUCAAAUGGUUUUUCUAUAUUUCAAUUACAUAUCAAUUUCAAUUUUAGGUUCCCGAUGGUGAUGUUUUGAUUCAUGCUGGCGACUUUACAAAUUCCGGAAAACGUGAUGAAUUAAUCCGAUUCAACAAUGAGAUGGCAGCUUUUCCUCACAAAUAUAAAUUAGUUGUGGCUGGUAAUCAUGAAUUGGGCUUUGACAAAAAAGAAAAUAAAUCGCAAAGGUUCGUGGCAUAUUUCAUUUAUUUUUUUAAAACCCAAAUCAAACAUUUUUUUCAGAAAUGCUAAUGAUCAAGGUCAAGGAACUGAUGAUGGAUAUGAACUUCUUACAAAUGUCACAUAUCUUCAAGAUCAAUCGAUUACUGUAAGAUUAGUUCUUUAUUCGAAAUUAAAUAUAAUUUUUUCCAGAUCGAAGGUGUUCACUUCUUUGGAUCCUCCUAUCAUCCUUUAUAUGGUUUUCCAUUUUAUCGCGAUCGACGCACAGAAAUGCCAAAUUGCUGGAAAGCAGUUCCAAAUGAUACGGAUGUUUUGAUCACUCAUACACCACCUCUUGGUAAGAUCUCUCUAAUGCUUCCAAGUAUUUAAAACACCAUAAAAUAUUUUAGGAUAUUUGGAUCAAUUUGGCGAAGAACGUUGGGGAUGUAAAGAUUUAUUGUAUACUGUCGAACGAAUUCAACCAGCUUUUCAUAUUUUUGGACAUGUUCAUGAAAGACACGGAAUUCUAUCCAAUAAUCAAACUGUAAGCAAUUUUCUAUGAUCUUUUUCUAUUAUAACACCCGUGUAUUUCAGACCUUUAUCAAUGCAGCCCAAUGUUCUAGAAAUAACUUGAUUCAAACUCGACCUAUCGUUUUCUACAUUCCUACAAAGGUAUCGCUUUAA